UUUUUGAGGAAUAUGAUGAUGGUUGCCCCGAAUGAAGGCCAGUUUAUGCAAUUGCUCUUGAAGCUGAUUAGUGCAAAGAAAACGAUUGAGAUUGGUGUUUAUACUGGAUACUCUUUACUUGUCAAAGCUCUCUCCUUGCCUGAAGAUGGAAAAGUAACAGCUAUAGAUGUCGAUAACAAGGCAUAUGAAGAGGUUGGAUUGCCCAUCAUCCAAAAAGCUGGGGUAGAACACAAGAUCAAUUUCAUCCACUCUCCUGGUAUUCCCUACUUGGAUGAAUUGCUUCAAGAU